AUGACCAAUAAUCCCAAUCAUAAUUUGAGUGGAAUAUUUUCUCCUUCCCAAGAAUUGGAACGGAUGCUCUCCUCUCCUCGUAUAACAACAACAACAGCAACCCGAAGAAAUCCAUUUCAAACACCUUCAUCCUCCCUCCGAAGUGGCGGAGGAGGUAUCCACAACAACCAUCACAGUUUAUUUACAUCUCCUAUCGUGGUUGGUGGUUCUCAUGUAGCCUCUACACUCUUCUCUCCUCAAUCUUCUUCUUGUUUUCAUCAUUCCCUCCUAUUGGAAGAUGAAACCCUAAUGGGAAGUACAAGAAAAUCCGAUAUAUUUGCAAAACAAGACGAUGAUGAUAAAUCGAGUGUGAGAGUGGUCGUUAGAGUAAGACCACUCGCCGACCAUGAAACACAAAAUUGUGUUCAAGUAGAUACACUCACGAAACGAACACUUCAAAUAUCAACCAAUCCACGAGAAAAACCAAAGGCUUUUACGUUUGAUUAUGUGGCCAAUCCACUCACAACUCAAAAAGAAAUCUUUGAUUGUUGUGGAAAACCAAUUGUAGAUAGUUGUUUAUCAGGAUAUAAUGGAACGAUAUUUUGUUAUGGACAAACUGGUUCAGGAAAGACCUUUACUAUGGGAACAUCCUUUGACGACGAUCGAAUGAUCGAUGACGACAUUCAAAAUUACUUCAAUGUGCCUUCAUCAUAUGGUCUGAUACCGAGAGUGAUCUAUUACUUGUUUAGUGAAAUUGAGAAGCGGAGGCAACAAUCAGACAUUAAAUUUAUUGUCAGUUGCUCCUUACUAGAAAUUUAUAUGGAGAAAAUCACAGAUCUGUUAGACAUGACACCCAAGAUACCCUCAUUUGAUGGAAGCACAAGUGGAAAAAGCUUGACACUACGAGAAGAUUUUAAAACAGGAGUAUAUGUUGAGGAUUUAACUCAUGAAGAUGUUCUUUCGCCCAAAGAUGCCCUUAACAUUCUACAAAAAGGCCUUCCAAAUCGACAUGUUGGUGCAACAGCCAUGAACGAUCGUAGCUCACGUUCUCACUCUGUCUUUACCAUUUAUAUCAAAUCUCAAGAAGUUGCAGAAGGAGGAACAAAAAUUCGAACUUCCAGACUCAAUUUGAUUGAUUUGGCUGGAAGUGAGAGACAAUCGACAUCACACGCAGAAGGCGAACGUUUAAAGGAAGCAUGUGCCAUCAACAAAUCUCUCUCUACACUUGGUAAGGUGAUUAAAGACCUUGUCGAUGUGGCUAAUGGAAUUUCUCGUCACGUUCAAUACCGAGAUAGCAAAUUGACAUUUCUACUUAAGGAUUCUCUUGGAGGGAAUUCUAAGACAUGUGUUAUUGCCAAUAUCAGUCCUGCAGUUACCUCACUUUCAGAAACUCUGUCCACACUCACUUUUGCUCAAAGAGCUAAACGCAUUAAGAAUGAAGCUAAAAUCAACGAAGAAACCUCAGGAAGUAUUCCAUUCUUGCAAGAACAAAUCAAAAUUCUCAGAAAACAAUUACUUGAAGCAAACAAAAAGAUUCAAGACGUUCCACCAGCACUCACACCUCCUCAACCCAUUCCUUUGGACGAUUUGGAAAAGGAAAAUUAUAUGGCAGAACUUCAAAAUCAACACAUAUUUCUGUCAUCCCAAUUAGAUGAAAUGGAAGAAAAGAACUCAUCGCUUUCGUAUCGUGUCGAAGAGUUGAAGAAGGCCCUUUCUUCAAAAGAUAAACUCUUGGCAAGCACUCGAUUCUUUUUACGGCUUAGAGAGUCGAGAAUAGCGAGAAUGUCAGGAAAAACUCAACUCAAAAUUAGCGAUGGUUUUGUUUCAGGCGCAGAAUUUGAUUUUGACAAGACGAACGAUUUUGAUUUUGACUUUGAGAACUUUACAUUGGAGAAUGAGGACAAGUGGCUUUCAAAAGCUGAAACACUUUUCCAAAAGGCUCUCUCGCCAGAGCAACAUCCAGAUGUGAUCAUGUUGAAAAUUGAGAAUAUAGAGCUCAAAGAAAAGCUCAACGAAUACGAAUCACAAUUCUCGAAAGAAUUUGCAGCUAAUAGAGAAUUAUACAGAGAUUUACAUCAAUACAUCCAAAGUCUCGAGUCAUCGAUACGGCACUUGACUGGAGAGAAGGAAAAACUUCAAGCUAAAAUCAAGGAAAUGGAAAAGACAUACAGAAGAACCUCUGCUGUCAUUCAAACACAAAUACAAUCCAACGAGAAUCAAACAUUGCUGGGAGAAAUUACUCGUUUGGAACAAGCAAAUGAAGAGUCCUUGGAGACCAUUAACACCUUAAAACAAGAACUGGAAAAGAGCCAAGAGAAUGAACAACUCGCUUGGAAACAACUCGAAAGUGCCAAACAACUCGUAGACGAGAUUGCUGCCGAAAAGGAAGAAUGUGUCAAUGUCAUUAAUAAUUUGAAAGAAUCGCUGGAUCAAAGAAAUGAAGUUAUGCAAAUUAUUGACGAUAUUGAAAAGCAGCAACAAGUUCAACAACAGAGAGAAGAACAAUUAUUACUCAUGGAAGAAUCACUCAAAUUACAACAAACAGAAAGCCAAAAACAAGUUGAAGAAUUAAUGUUUGAGCUUGAAAAGAAGAAGAAUGAAAUUGAAGAGUUAAAGUCAAAGCUUUCCCAAAAUGAGACAUUUUCGACGUUGGUGGAACAGUAUGAGCUCGAACUUCAAAAGAUGAGAAGUGUUCUUUCAGAUAAGGACUAUCAAAUUGAAACUCUCAAUAAUCAAAUGCAUGUCUUGAAUCAAACUGUUGACAACAACAUGAAAGAAGCUGCUCUCAGCAUUGAAGAGAUCAAACUCAGAGAAGAAAUGAUUAAGCUUAACUCUGAAAAUGAGUUGUCAUUAAUUAGAAAACAGCUUGAAGAUUCGUUGCAACAAUUACAAGAUACGAAAGAAUUCUACGAAAAUAAGACGAGAGUGGAAGAAGAAAACAAGAGCUCGGAAUUGUCAGAGCUUCAGACCAAGAUUGAAUCUCUCAAUAAUCAAGUCGAUUCUCUUUCCUUCAGAGAACAAGAAUUGCUUUUAUGCAUUUCUGAAAAAGAAUCUCUGAUUCAAGAAUUGUCAUUGAGAGAAAAGGAAUCAUUAAUGGCCAUGCAAGAGCUGCGAGGGAACGAGAACACUCUCAAGCAAGAGGUGGAGUCCCUUAAAGAGGAGGUCAAACAGUUAACAGACUUGAUUUUAGUUUCAGAGAGUCAUAAAAAUCAGAUUGAAGAAAAGUUAACACAACAAAUGCUUGAAAUUACCACUCAACUCGAAGAAUCUUGCACACAAGUGAACAUACUCACCACGAAUCUUGAGGAAAAGCAGAAAUUAUUGGAUGAGAAGAAUCAUGAAUUGGAAAUGGUACGGCAGGCUCAAACCAUUCAAGAUACAACCUUAUCGGAUGCACUCUUGCAAAUUGCAUCUCUCAACGAAACAGUCCAAAACAAGGUACAAUUACUUCAGGAGAAGGAAAGAGAGAUUUCUGAUGUCAAGUCACGCCUUGAAUUUAUAUCAGAAGAGUUUUCAGUUGAAAGACAACAAUUACAGGAAAAAGUUGACAUGUCAGAACAAAGUAUGAAAGAAAUUUCAGAAAAGUAUGAACAGACAGUUCAAGAACUUUCACAAACAAAGGCUCACUAUGAAGACAAGCUCAAUUCUCUCAAGGAAGCCAUCCUAUUUGAACAAGAUAAGAACGAUGAGCUUAUCAAUCAUGUCAAUUCGAUUGGAAACGUUUCCGAAGAAGAGAAAAAACAAAUUUUAGAAAGAGAAGCAUUGGCUAAAGAAGAAUAUGAGAAGGAAAUUCACAACCUUCAAGAACUCGUUCAAGCUCUUAAUAUGGAGAACAAGUCCAUUACAGAAGAGAGACAAUCUUUGUUGAACAACUUUGAAGAAUUCAAAACCGAAAAGCGAGAAGAGUUAGAAAAGAUCCAAACAUUACUUUCUCAAUAUCAAGAGCAAGUAGAUACAAUAAUCAAAGAAAAGGAAGAUCUCUCACGACAGUUGAAUGAUCGUAUCAUGAACGAAACCAUUAAUUUGAAGGUAAAGGAGGCUGAACUUGAGAAUUUAAAGGCAGAGCUUGAAAAAUCUCAAACCUCAAAUGUAGAGAUGAAUGAUCGUCUUGUAGACUCACUCAACAAAUUGAAAUUGAGUGAAGAAACGGUCACAUCACUGGAAAAACAAACUCAAUCAUUGCGUGAUACGCUUGAUGAGAACAAGAAAACAAUCAGGGAACAGGAAGAACAGCUUUUGGAUCGUGCCAAAGUGAUUGCCUCUCUCGAGUCUGAAAAUUCCAAACUUCAGCAAGAAAAUUCCACCUUAUCUAACACUGUUGAAAAACUUCGAAUGGAAAUUGAGAAGAAACAAUUAGAAAUUGAUCAACAACAAGAUCUCGUUCGACAAUUGACUUCCGGCGAUGAAAUGUCUCAUUUACAAGAGCAACUUGUCCAAUUUAAAAAGAAGUGCGACACGCUCUCUCAAUCAUUACAAUCUGAAAGAGAUCUUGUCCUUAAGAAAGAAACUCAAAUUAAUGAACUAGGAUCGACUUUGGAUGACCUCAAUGAAAAACUAUCUAGCUUAGAAAAGAGCAAGUUGGCCCAACAAAUGCAACAGGAAGAAAAAUUACAACGUACAAAAGAACAAUACGAAACUGCUCAGAAACGUUUGGAAGAAGAAAUUGAGUUUUUAAAGUUAAAGGCUUCAGAAAGUGUCACCGAAGCAGCUCAGUUAAAGGACGAACUCGAAUCUCUUCGAAAGGAUCACGAAAUGAUCAUUGGUCAUAACAAUCACAAACAAAAGAUUCAAUACCAAAUGAAGAUCAAACAAGAAAACAAUGACUUGAAGGAUGAAUUGAUGCGAGCUCAAAAAUUACUAUUAGAAAAAGACAAUAUUAUUCGAAAAUUUCAAAAACAAGACAUGGCAGCCAUCAAGCCACUGUUCAGUGCUUUUAACGCAACUCAACAACGAACAUCUUCAGAUUUACCAAAACCACUCUUCAGUAACUCGGUGUCAACUCUGAAAGAUUCUUCCGGAAACAACCCAAGUAAUAUUUCAUUUACUGCCAAUGCUAUACCUCUUGGCACGUCAACAAUGAACAAAACCAGUACAUCUCCUCCUACUGGUGAAACACCACUGUUACGAGAACGCGCAUCCAUUUAUGUGAAACGUGGUAGUAGUAGCAAUAGUAUUGCAGAAAUGUUGUCCAAUGCAUCGAGUAGUAUUCCUCCCAUUCCACUUCUCUCGAGUGCAACAACGUCGACACAAGUCAAAGAGAGACCACUUCAACUUGGAAGAUCGAAAGGCCUUCUUAAUAAUGGAAACUUGAAAAUGCUCUUUUCAGAAAGUAAUAAGGAAAAUAUUGAAAUACAGCAACAACAAGAAAAUUUCAAUCUUUUGAAAAGAAAAGAUCCUCCUAUCAAUACCAAUAUCAUGAACAAUUCCAUGAUGCACGAAAGCAACAAUAAUAAACGAACCAAGCAAUGA